AUGAGAAGAUACAAUAAUUUAGUAUUUAUAUUUUUUUGUUUCUUUUGUAUUUUUCCUGAAGUCAAUGCGAACGUCUUUAAAAAGCUUGCUGCUAGUUUUUCUAAUGACACAAAGUUCAAGUUGCCCCCAGAAAGGUGCAUUGUGAUUCGACUAAAACACAUUCCAGUUUCAUUGAAUAAAACAGAAAAUGGAGAAAACUAUCUGAAUUCCGAGGUGAACGACAAAUUAGAGCUGAAAUUUACCAGAGCAUGUGACCGCGAUAUCAAAUGCGUGAUCUACUACAACAAUGGGUCACCAUCCUCUCAUCUUACCACAGAUUCAUCUGAUACCAAUGUUCAGAUUCGGAGUGAGCAUAGUUCUUUGAAAUGCAUUCAACCAACCGGCGAAUUUCUCAAGUUUCACAUAUUUGUACAAGAAAGCAAUACAUUUUUCAAAAAUGCCGAAAUGAUUGAGACAAACUCUACUCUUCAGCUGAGAUGCCUGGGUGGUGCGUAUACAAAAAAUGUGAAAUUAAAAAAGAAUGGAGAAAAUCUGGAAACUGCUUAUAGUCCAUUUUUGGGAUUUAUUCUGGAUAGAAACCAACACUCUUCGAAAAGUUUUUAUCAAUGCGAGUAUGAAAACGAAAUGAUUAGUUUUAAUUAUCCAGGUUCUGCGGAAGUCGAUGGGUUUCAAAUGCAAACGCACAAAUUCCAAACUUUAAUAUCAAUUUAUUGCAAUGCAAAUGAAGACUUCCUAAAAGACAAUAAUACCAGAGUAAUCAUCGCCUGUCCAUAUAAGGAAGAGUGUUCCCAGCCCUCCACCGACCGUAAAGGCUACAUUCAUUUCCCAAUUUCUCAAAUCAGACAUCCAUCCGAUUUGAAUUCAUUCAGUUGUGUGUUUUUGAAAAAUGGUGAAAUUGAAGCAAUUGCAUUCGACAGAAACGGAGAGCACGAAGUGACCCUUACAAUAUUUAUUGUGCUUGGAUUUGGUGCGAUUGGCACCUUGCUGAUUUACUUAUUGAAUCUGUUCGCUAGAUGGAAUGAAAAGAAAAGAAAAGUUCAAGGCAAAUUCAGCGAUGAAGAUUUAUUGAUAUCAAAAGACGUACGAGAUUUGGAGAAAAUUGCAGAGGGACACUCCUCGAAAAUUCUCUUGACCUCAUACAAGCCCAAUGGAAGAAAGGUUGUUAUAAAAUGCUCUAAGAAUGCGUCUCAAUGUGAAAAGGAGUUGAUGAUACUGAAAAAUUUGCGGCACGUGAACAUAAUCGAUCCAUUGGGAUAUGUUCGUCUGGAUAGCAAUGGCAGAUUUUUCAAAAAACGAAUAAAAAACAUGGUGCUACCGUACUAUCCAAACACAUGCCUUGAGCAGUAUAUCAAACAGUUUUUCCCAGUCACGUUGAUUGAGGAAAAGUUCCAUGGCAAGGACAAAUCAGGAAAGGAAUUGAAAAUUACACUAUUCGAUAUGAUAUCUAUUGGAUGGCAGGUAGCACGUGCGUUGGAGUACUUGAAGGGGAAAGGAGUAAGUGGAUUUUUGAAAAAAUUCAAAAAAAAAAUCUACAUUUUCCAGUUCACCCAUCGAGAUGUGGCUAUGCGAAACGUGUUGAUCACUGACAAUCUGAUUUGCAAGCUAACCGAUUUUGAACGUUCUAGAAAAGGAGAAAUCGGGAAACGAAGUGUUGCUCGCAAGAUUUAUAAUCAUUUCGCAAUGAAAAACAAAACUAUUCCUACAAUGUAUCCAGCAGAGUGUGAGGAUGGGGCAUUUUAUUAUUCGUCGGAUGUCUACUGCUUCGGACUUUUGUUGUUGGAAAUGUUCCAAUUCACUAAACCAAUUGUUCCAGGCAAUUUUUCUAAGCCAAUGCACUGUCCCGACAAUAUAUACGAAAUAAUAAGAGACUGUAUAAAAGUGGACCGGGAACACCGUAUCAAUAUUGUAAAGUGUGAAAGUCAGCUGGAAACUGCGUUGAAAGAAAUAGACGACACAAAACUUCUGAAUCUCAAAACUAAGUUGAUCAAGGAAGGUAGUAAGAAUAUUUGGACGGAAUGGGAAGAGACUAAGCCGAAUAAUGCAGACCCGUAUAAAGAGCUGGAUAGCUCUCUUUUCAGUCCCAUCAUGUGA